AUGAUUGAUCAAUCAGCCGAAAAUUAUCUUGCUGCUGUUGCGAGAAUGCAGGAAAGACAAAUGUCAUGGGGUCGACCUACACGAUCCGAUUCCACUGGAUCAAUCUCAUCAACGACAGGUGAUUCAAUGUCAACUUCACCUCAUCAGUUUAGUCUCACCGCCUUGGCACCACAAAACGUAGCCGGCAGCAGUACAAGUGGUGGCUCUGCACCUAGCAUCUCUGGAGGUAACAAUUCAGCGAAGGGAAAGAAUAAGGGGAAAGGGAAAAAAGAAGGUGGUGUAAACGAACACAAAGCGAGAAAAAAAGUCGCCAAAGCUUGUCUGGCUUGUCAAAAAUCACAUUUGACAUGCGACGAACAACGACCAUGUACUAGAUGUGUCAAGAAGGGCUUGGCAGAUCAAUGCGUCGAAGGUGUACGGAAAAAGGCCAAGUAUCUGCUGGAAGGUGAAGAGCGACUCGCAUCAAGGACGCGUCAAGGCAGUAGUUCUUCUCCACCGCCUGCAUCCAAUCAGCAAAUUUCGGAACCUCCUCAGAUUCAAUCGCAAUUUAAUAUCCUAUCCAAUGUUUCCCUACCGCAACAAACUCAGGUUCUCGAACAAUCACGUUUGCCUGACGACAUUUGGCUCUCUGGUCCACCUCCACAGACGGAUCCAUCAUCAAUAACAGGUUCGGCUCAACUCAAUCUGGCAGACCCCACAAGAUCGUGGAAUGCUGGUGCCCAGAAUCAAAAUACUGGUUUCAUAGGAAAUGGGACGGCUGCGAACACCGAAUAUCAAAUGCUUGAUUCUCUUUUCGGAAAUCUUUCUCCGAUCUUCCCAGGUAUUGAUCCUUUAGACGAAGCCGGCCGGCAGAUGUCACUUGAUAACAUGAACGCAUCGACCAUCAGCUCAACAACAGCCUUUGACCAGUCAUGGCUUAAUCCAUCGCCUGUGGCGUCCAACGUCACUCCCAAUCAAUUCGCUGUACUGCCAACACCUUCCAGUGCAGGACAAUCUUUCUCUCCAGGAACAUACAGUGACCUCUCACCUAACAACCCUACUUGGCAGAGUCAAGGUUGGCCUGUAGAUCAGACCCAAAAUAUGUUGAACAGUAUGGGUCAAACUCAGUCUCAACCGCAGAAUCAGAUGAACCAGUUCCCUGCGCACCAAAUACAAAAUCAAUCUGAACCUAAACCAACAACCAAUACUCUGGGAAAGGUCGGCAAAGGCUUAACACCCGCAGAGGUCUACAAAACCGUGGUAAAGCCAUAUGAUUACAUCCAGGGUUAUCACUUUUUGAUGGACUACUUGACUAAAAACUUUGAUCAGCAAGACACUCUUCGUGUGGCUCGUGCCCUUGCAUCUUUCAGACCUAGUUUAAUCGCUUUACAGAUGCCUAUGUCAGAAGAGGAUGAAGUGUUUCUCGAAAGAUCGUUCCAGAGGACCCUCAUUGAACUCGAAAAACUCAUAUCCUACUCGGCAACACCUACGGCUGUAUGGCGUCGAACGGGGGAAGUAUGUUAUGCGAAUCCAGAAUUCUGUAAACUCGUAGAUCGCACCGAUACAGAUCUACUAGGAAACAAAACGUAUAUUUAUGAGCUAUUCUCAAAUCCAUCAGUCGUGUCAUAUUGGGAAAAUUUCUCUGUUCACGCUUUUGAAAAUACUACGCAAAAUUUCUUCCAACCUGUAGGAUUAAUUAAACCUAACUCUGUAUUGAACUGCACAGGUUGCGUGACGAUUAGAAGAAAUGUCUUUGAUCUUCCUUCAGUCAUAAUAGGCCAAUUCCUACCCGUUCCAACUGAUAUGUAA